AUGCGCGGCUUCAGUGCGCGUGCGGACGGCAGCGAGGGUCGGGAUGAAGGGAAGGAGACGAAGGAAAAAUGGUUGCUUUUGCUUGGGGAUAUUUUGAAAUCUGACAUUAAGAGAAAUGUGUUGAAAUCUGGGCAAUUUGAGGAGUGGUUAAGAGGAUCUUUUGGGGGGUUUUAUGAACCUAGAGAGAGGAGGUCUUCAAGUCCCCUGAGUGAGAGGGCCAAGUCAGGGUCUAGUAAGGCUAGAGCAACUGUAGGAGGGGAGAUGCAGCCCAGGGUUACACCUGGUAUCAUUGAGCCCCAGCAGUUUGCAGAGCCUGUGAUGGGAGGGAGUGACAAAUCCAAAGGGGUAGAACAGGGUAGUAAGAGUUUAGAGGUAGUUAGUAGCAACAAUGAGUUGGAAAGUUCAAAGGGCAAGGAUAUGGGUGAUAAAAAGCUAGCUUCUAGUUCUUUUGUACCUAUGGACCUUGAUGGUUCCAAGGCACAGGAAUUGGAUUUUAGUAACCUUGUUAAUGUCCCUGUUGGCCAAAUUCAACAACAGGUCCCUGUUUCUAAGAGCCAGAAGUCUUUUGUUAGAAUUACUAAGAGCAAAAUUGAUCCAGGUGUUGAACAAGGAGUAGGGUUGACUGGUCUGUCAACCAGUGCUACAUCCCUACAUACUGGUGAUGAUAGGGUAAGGAGACAAACUAGGGAGAUGGCUUCAGAAGUUCAUAGAUGGCAAUACUCUGGGAUGAAAUCUUUUGACGAAGAAUUGAAGGUGGAACUAUGGAUCCAAAUCCAUAAACUACCACUGCAUUGGAUAUUUGAGGAAACAGGAAAAAAGAUUGGGCGCAUUUUUGAUGAGGUUCUUGAUGUUGUGAUACCGGGGGAUGCAGGUUACAAUAGGAACAUGGUCAGAAUUCUUGUGGCACUAAAUUUAUUGGAACCUAUCCCCAGAGGCACAAAAAUAAAGUUGGGCAAGGAGGAGCAGUGGGUGGAAUUCAGGUAUGAACACCUCCUCACUUUUUGCUUUUACUGUGGGUGCAUAGGUCACCAUGAUAGAAUAUGUGAAGUGAAGAAAUCUGACAUUAAGAGAAAGUUGAAAUCUGGGCAAUUUAGAGAGUGGUUAAGGGGAUCUUUUGGGGGGUUUUCUGAACCUAGAGAGAGGAAUUCUUCAAGUCCCCUGAGUGAGAGGGCCAAGUUAGAGUCUAGUAAGGCUAGAGCAACUGUGGGAGGGGAGAUGCAGCCUAGGGUUACACCUGGUAUCAUUGAGCCCCAGCAGUUUGCAGAGCCUGUGAUGGGAGGGAGUGACAAAUCCAAAGGGGUAGAAGAGGGUAGUAAGAGUUUAGAGGUAGUUAGUAGCAACAAUGAGUUGGAAAGUUCAAAGGGCAAGGAUAUGGGUGAUAAAAAGCUAGCUUCUAGUUCUUUGGUACCUAUGGACCUUAAUGGUUCCAAGGCACAGGAAUUGGAUUUUAGUAACCUUGUUAAUGUCCCUGUUGGCCAAAUUCAACAACAGGUCCCUGCUCCUAAGAGCCAGAAGUCUUUUGUUAGAAUUACUAAGAGCAAAAUUGUUGAGUCUAAGAAUAAUACAUCUGAUAAGCAGAUAGCCUUUUGUGAACCCCAAAGUGAUAAGGCCAAUUUGAAAUGGAAAACCAUAAUUGAUCCUCAG